ACAGCUUCGACCUGCCUCGGAGUCGAGCGUCUACACAAACAUUCAUAUAGACAGUGUGUGAAAGUGAAGCGAGUCUUAGUUUGAGAUGCACAAGAAACUCUGCAUUGCCUGAUCAGAGGAAUAAGCUGAUCAACUGUUGGUCUCUUGAUUUACCAGUCUGUGAUGAUGUCUGAACCAGCGAACCUCAACUGCACCAAUCUCUACUCCCACUAUCUAGUGGCACGUGUGCUCAUGCCGCUGGCCUACUCAAUCAUCUGUCCAGUGGGGCUGCUCGGUAAUGGUCUGGUGCUGCACAUCAUCUACACCAAGGUGACCAAGCUCAACUCCAGCACGCUGUACUCAGCCAACCUGGCCAUGUCAGACUUACUCUUCUGCCUGGCGCUGCCUCUACGGGCCGUCUACUACGCUCUGGGCUUCCACUGGCCCAUGGGAGAGGGACUAUGCAAGGCCUCAGCUCUGCUUUUUUACAUCAAUGCCUACGCUGGUGUUAAUUUUAUGACCUGCCUCGCUGUGGAUCGUUUUGUGUCCGUAGCGCUACGGCCAAAGUGUGUGUGGCUCCGGAAUAUACGGAACGUGAAGCUCAUUUGUUUGUUAAUGUGGGUGCUGGUGUUGGCACAGACGCUGCCAUUACUGACCAUGACCAUGACUUAUGAGGAGCACGAUGGCAGGAUUACAUGCAUGGAGUACCCUAAUUUCGAGCACACUGUCCCAGGCUUGCCUUACCUUCUGAUUGGUGCUGUGGUUUUAGGCUAUGGGAUCCCACUGGGAAUAAUCCUCCUGUGCUACUCAGCGCUCUCACACAGACUACGGAGAGCUGCCAAGUCCAACCGUCUGACUGAGCGAUCUGGAAGGACGCAUAAGGCACGGGCGGUGAUUGCUGGCGUGGUGGUGGUAUUCGUUGUGUGUUUCAGCCCGUACCACGUGGACCUGCUUCAGUACAUGAUCCGGAAGCUUGUGCACGAGCCGGACUGCGAAGAGCUGCACGCUUUCCAAAUCUCACUGCACAUCACCGUGUGCCUCAUGAACUUCAACGCAUGCCUUGAUCCAUUUGUUUACUGCUUUGCCUGCAGUGGCUACAAGAAGAAAGUGUUGAACCUACUGAAACGCCAGGUCAGCCCGUCACUCUCCAGUGCAGCACCAAGUUCACCUGACAGCUCGGGAACUAAUGAACAACAAACCCAUUUAACCCACCACAACAGACCCCUGACCCUGAAAACCAUCGACAAAAACUCCUGAACCACCACACAGCUCAUGGAAGCCUUCGGACAUACGUGUUUUGACUGUGACCAAGUUGCACUUUUGCAGUUUUUUUGAAGGAAGUGUUGGCACAUGAAGAUUUUCUUCACACCAAAACAAGUUCUCAAAUAGAUUUCAUAUCUUCAUGGAAAACUUUAACUGUUGUUUUAAACACUUGCUGAGUGCUCGUGUCUUUUAUCUGUUAUUAGUUUAGUACGGUCCAGAUUUGUUCUCUGUCCCACAGGGGGACUCAAACCAAAAUAAAAGAGGCUUUCCUUUGAGAAAAGGAAUAAUGUAGAACCCAGUUUAGGAAGGCAGAACCCUGAGCCAUUCAAAGAAACAUUGGAAAAAGUUGUCAACAAAUAAUUUAAGGUUAGUACCGCUUUGACGUAAUACAAAAGACCACUUCCUGAAGUGUCUCCAUUCUAGAAAAGCAAAAACUCUUUCCACACAGGAUGUGAAAUAGAACAUCUUUACAAACACAUCAAUUCACAUGGGAUGUAUAUCUGACACACUGGUAAGAGUGGGACUAAAAAAAAAAAAAUCACAGAUACUGUGGUAAUAACUCCAUUACCCUACUUCCUGAUAACAAUAAUCCUGUCCGAAUAGGGCUUAAGAUGGAUUACAUUCAGAGAAUAGAUCUGAGGAGAGCUGCAGAACGUCAAAGUACUGUAGAUCUUUCCAUUAUAGUGUGUUAAGACUACGGGAAUUGUGGGACAUAUCAGAUGUGGACAACAUGUGUAUGUAGAAUGUAGAAAUGUGUCCUAGCAGUAAUUCUACAUUGUCAACAGUAUGGGAUUUCUGACAGGAAGGGUAUUGUAUUGUAUACUGUAUACUGAAAUACAGCUUUGAAUGUUCUGUUUAAA